GCGACUGAGGACGCAUCAGGUGGAGACAACAACUGCAUUACGCACCAAGAAUAUAUAGAACAGUACACUCUGGGCAGCUAACUUCAAACAUAUUGACAAAAUGUCUCAUAAAAAGUAUCUUCACUUACAUUGUAUCGAAAAACAAUGAGGAACAUUGCAACGAAUUGAGAUACAAUAUUGUGUGAUGGCUGCAUUCAAGAGACUCAAGAGACUUUGAAACAAAUUAUACUUUAAUUAUCUGAAUAGGCAAAAACGCCUGCCAGCUAGUGUCAAACGCCCCUGGAAGACAUAAGAAGGCAUUUGUGCCCCCUUCACUUACAUUUGAAAAUAUUUCAGCACUAGAAAAAGUGAUGAACUCGUCAGGUUUGGACAACCUAACCGAAUUUGCACCAUGGUAUGUCAACAGAACGGAUGUCGAGGAGGAAAAUCCGAAACUUUUGUUCGGGAUUGGCAUGGACAACUUCAUUACGCUUUUGGUUUUCGGACUCAUCUUUACACUUGGAGUGUUGGGAAACUCCAUGGUUAUCACGGUGCUAGCCCAUAGAAAACCCGGAAAACCACGGAGCACCACCAACAUAUUCAUCCUCAACCUUAGCAUCGCCGACCUGUCCUACCUGCUUUUCUGCAUCCCCUUUCAGUCAACUAUUUACAUGAUGCCGACAUGGGUUCUAGGUGCCUUCAUCUGCAAGUUUAUUCAUUAUUUCUUCACCGUUUCUAUGCUGGUCAGUAUUUUCACCUUGUCCGCAAUGUCGGUGGACCGCUACAUUGCCAUUGUUCACUCCAGAAAAUCGUCCUCCAUCCGUGUGUCAAAGCACGCUUUGAUCGGAGUGGUGGUCAUUUGGAUACUCUCUUUGGCCAUGGCAGCGCCAGUCGCGGUCAUACACAACAUAUACCAGAGAGACGAGAAUCACACCUAUUGCUGGGAAGUGUGGCCGGAUCAAAACCAAAAGAAAGUCUAUGUUGUUUGCACGUUUGUUUUUGGUUAUGUAUUGCCCCUGUUGCUGAUUUCGUUCUGCUACGCAAAGGUUUUAAAUCACCUGCACAAAAAACUCAGAAACAUGUCCAAAAAGUCAGAGGCGUCGAAAAAAAAGACUGCCCAGACGGUUCUUGUAGUGGUGGUGGUGUUCUGCCUGUCAUGGCUCCCUCACCAUGUGGUCCACCUGUGGGUGGAGUUUGGCAACUUCCCCUUGACCCAGUGGUCCUUCUUGUUCCGGGUGGCGGCCCACUGCCUGGCCUAUAGCAACUCCUCCGUCAACCCUGUCAUCUAUGCCUUCCUCUCGGAGAACUUCAGAAAGGCCUACAAGCAGGUGUUCAGGUGUCAGAUUACCAACUCCCCUCUCAACGAACUCAAGGAGUUCCGCAGCAAGGUGGACAACACACCACCCUCCACCAACUGCACCAACGUCUGAUUGGAGGACACCGGGUGCCAGCUCAACUACGGCCAUGAUGAUUGGUUGUUUUCAAGGGGCCUUCUGAGACAUAUAAUGCUAUGAGAUUCCAUGUUUCGAUUCAGAGAUUGUAUGAAGACAAUAUGAAGAAAACUGGAUAUGCACUCAAGGUCCACAUAGGUCCACAUCAGCGCUGUUCCAUCAUCAGAAUGACGCCACACCAGACGAUGUGCCAUACUGGACAUACGAUCAUAUGUGUAGUGAGCAUCUCUCUUCCUUUCCCUUUCUCUCUUGCUCCCUCUCUCUCCCUCUAUCUUGCUUUCUCUCUCGUUCUCUCUGUCAUUAUCACAGGAAGAUUGCUGAGUCUGACUCUCAGGAAUGGAAAGAAUGUGGACUUUGAUAUUUCACUGACCCUCUUCUUAUAAAUCAAAACUGUGAAUGUUUGGUAAUUUGCCUUCUUAUAUGUGCAGAUAUUUUGUGCAUGUGCAUAUUGUUGGUCCUUCUUAACGCUCUAUUUAGGCUGUCUGAAGUAGCUAUUGAAAUGAGCGUCUAUAAUAUAGCUUCACUACACAUUAAAGCCUGAGGUUACUGCUGUAUAUUGUACAUAGUAUCCUAUCAUGGAGUAGUUUUGAAUUGUUAAAAAAAUAUUAGCUAUUGCUCUAUUAGAUAUUGCUCAGAAUAUAAAAAAUGCACACAGUGUAAUUUUCUCUUUAAAGUUGAAUAUUUUUUGAAGAGAAAGCAUUUUGUUGUUUGAUUGUAAUGGCCAAUUCUCUUGUUGCGAGUUGCCAAUAUGUAUACAAGGGACAUGUUGUCCGUAUAACUUAAACCUGUCUUGCCAUCUGUAAUACAGAGUUUUCAAUGGAGAAAAAAACACAUGUUGGGACUUUUAAUAAUACUAUUGUAUAAACUAUUUAAAAAUACUAUAAUGUGUAGUCAAUAUAAGCCUACUUUAUCUUAUUUAUUAAAUUGGUGUAUGAUAUGGAAAGCUUAAGUCCAUGUUUUCUGGCGUAUUGUUUUGUGAUGACUUUGGCUUGUACAUUACAACUUGUACAGGUACAGUAUGUGGUUUUAUCUUAGUGCUAGAUCACUGAGCAACCUUGCUUCAAAGGCAUUGUGUGGGAUCUCGUUACCCUUUGACUUCCAUUUCCCCUCAUCAUUACAGAGUAAACGAAAGAAAAAUCUUCAAAGAUCAGAGACUGACAAGAUUUUGUUUGUCGCUUACAAUCAGAAGUAAAGAGAAAAAAACAUAACUAUUCUCCCAAAAGUACAUCCUGCCCCUUUUCACAGCUAAUACCACAUCCAUGUUUGAUAGUUUAGUAUAUGUGAGAGAGAUUUGAAAAAGUCACUUCUCAUUUUAUGUGUCGAAAGCUAGCUAAUACUCUUUAAAUAUUUAAAUAUUUUGUUUGGUUAACAUAAUCCAAUCAGGGAUUGUCUACUCUAUCAAUCAAUCAAUCAAAUGUAUUUAUAAAGCCCUUUUUACAUCAGCCGAUGUCACAAAGUACUGUACAGAAACUCAGCAUUAAACCCCAAAC